AUGGGAAAAGCGAAAUCACGCAAUUCGGGUCAAAACGGCCAACGGAAGGCGAGUCUCAGCGAUGCAACAUCCGACUUUCCCAUCUACUCGACCAAAGUUGUCGCUGAAGAUAUCGUAGUGGAAGCUGAGCGACCGACAAUUGUCAAGCACAUCGCUUUCGCUGCUUCGCUCCUCGUCAUUGCCAUCUGCAUCUACUCCUACCUUCACUCGGCCAUCAAGAUCAGCGGGGUCGCCGUGACCGUGACGCUGGCUCUAGUAGCGUUGAGUCUAACCUUGCCGUUUUCGCUAACCGUCAAAGUCCAUCUGCAAUUCGCUUGGAACUGCUUUCUUCGCCCUUUCCUGGUCACCAAGAACAAAAAGAACGAUGCAUCACAACUGGCGACCGGCGACCAGCAACAUCAGGCACGUCUUGAACGGUUUUACGAAUCCCAAGCUGACAUUUACGAUGUGACCCGUGAACGACUCUUGCGAGGCCGUGAUACUAUGCUCGCCUUAUGCGUGCCCGGCAACCCCAACGCCAUCAACGUCACCGCACCAAUCACCCCCCACCUCGUCUGGCUCGACAUAGGCGGCGGCACAGGCUCCAAUAUCGAAAAGAUGCACGCCCACUACCCAAUCACCAACUUCCACCGCGUCUACCUCGUCGACAUUACUCCCUCCCUAUGCCGGAUCGCACGAGAGCGUUUCAUCAAGCUGGGGUGGACGAACGUGCGCGUCGUGUGCGCUGACGCCGCAACGUUCACCCUUCCAGCACCUGAGAGCGAUGACGACGUCGAUGCAGCGGAUGUGGAGGUUGCGCUCAUUACGACGUCGUACUCGUUGUCGAUGAUUGAUGACGCGGCGUUUUAUCCUGUGGUGGAUCAGUUGAGUGAGCUGCUCAGUGCUAAGGGCAUUUUCGGUGUCGCCGACUUUGGAGUUGCGAGGAAGAGGGAGGCCGAUAGCACGAGGAGGAUGGGCUGGAGCGGAAGGUGGUUCUGGCAGAUGUGGUUCGACCUCGACAAUGUCUAUCUUCAUCCCAGCCGCCGGCAAUACAUCGAGCACAAAUUCGCCCCCCUCAAACUGCUCAAUUGCAAAAACGACUUCAUCCCGUACAUCACCAAGAUUCCAUACUACGUUUGCAUCGCUUCCAAGAAGACGGCACCCAGCGGGAUCUUGUCUCAAGUCAAGAAGUCCGCGAGCGGGGAUUCGCUGCCGGCACUGGACGACUAUGAAUCCAAUGCUCUCCUUAAGAAGGACUCGGCAGCCGUUCUGGACACGGUCGGGACAUCUCUCGUCACGAAUGGAGGUCGAUGGAGGCAACCGUUCGACUUUAAGUUAUGUGAUCGUUUCUCAACCUAUAUCUAUGCGUUCACUUGGGAGGACCCUGAUACGGAUCUACACUUUAUGGACUUGAGACCUUCCGACCGGAUGCUGGUCAUCACGUCGGGCGGAGAGAAUGUCUUAAAAUACAUCACGGACGUAGGGCCGGCUAGGAUCCACUGCGUCGACUUCAACCCGUGCCAAAACAACAUGCUCGAGCUGAAGCUCGCGGGACUGUCAUCCCUCACCUUGAAAGAAUUCCACCAUCUCUUCGCGGAAGGGUUCCCCAACCACUCCCGCGACGAGUUCCACAACCUGCUCCUAUCACGAAUGUCGCCUCACCUCAGUUCACAAGCGCUAGCCUUCUGGUUACGCCCCGAAAACUCCACCUUCACCAACCUGUACAACACAGGCGGAUCCGGCCUCGCAAUCCGUGCAUUCAACCUCAUCACCCGCUUAGCGCGCCUGCGACCGGCCGUCGAGCGCAUGUGCGACGCGCCCACCCUCGCCGUCCAGCGGGAGGUAUGGGAAAAGGAAAUUCGGCCCUACUUCCUCUCACCACUGUUCAUCCGCCUGCUCAACAACAACAGCUUCCUCUGGUCGGCCUUGGGCGUGCCCCCGGCGCAGAUGGCCAUGCUGAUGGAGGAAGGCUCGGCGUACAAAUACAUUGUGGACACCUUCGACCCGGUGAUCAACGAGACGCAUCUGCGGACUGAGAACUAUUUCUACUACAUGCCCCUCAUGGGCCGCUAUUCGGGGGAGAACUGCCCGUCGUAUAUGACUGAGAAGGGGUUCAACUUGUUAUGCGGGGCGGGUCGCUUGGACGCUAUCAAGAUCCAUACGGAUCGGAUCGUGAGCGUGCUGGAGAACGGCUGUGGCGAGGAAGAUGUCCCCGGCACGAAGCUGACGCGGGUCAUCUUGAUGGAUCAUCUCGACUGGUUCACCGAAGCCGACGCGGAUGCCGAAGUCGCUGCCCUCUCGAAGCAGUGCGCCACAGGGGCCAAAGUGUUUUGGCGAUCGGCGUCAAAGCAUCCGUGGUACGGACGGUUAUUUGAGGCGCAUGGGUUUGAGGUCUUCCCGCUGCAGAUCAGACAAGACGAAACCAUGUGCAUUGAUCGCGUGAAUAUGUAUGCGUCACUUUGGUGUGGUGUAAAGAUGUGAUGGACGAUGGAUUUUGGGACAUGCGCUGCCUAGGCUGCAGGGAACGCCAUAUGUAUUUUGAGGAUGCCGGAUUCCGAUGUAAUAUAAACAAUCUUAACUUCAUAUUCGCGGAUAGCUUCAGACGAGGCAAGCGGCCGGUUCCCCAUGUGCUUUACAUCUCGAAAUUAGUACGGAGGACAUGCGGUGGGGCCUUUCCUCCGAUUGAUUCUCCGAGUGCCGCGCCUGAACGUCCGUUUUCGCUGGACCCGACUCUGCUUUUAUAAGCAACAACAGCCUUGGUGUGCAAUUGAAGGAUUCGAGCGACGGUGGCGUAACUGGUUCUAUCGCACGCGAACGUCCGGCUUAUUUUCCGGUGGGGAGAAUGGAUCGCAGAUCAAAAUUGAGGUCUCGCUCGCUACAUGGAAGCAAGAGGCGGCCGAUCGUGGAAGGAAGAAGGAAGGAAGACGUGGACGCGUAGGGAGGAAGUUGGGGAACGCGUCUUUGCAGGCGGUUAGAAGCAG